AGAUUUUGAAAAAGCUAAAGCUUCUCCAUCUUCCAAAUUGAGACACAAACAAGAGGCUCUUGUAGUGACAAAGAUGAUUUUUACUCCAUACCCAGAUCUCCUCAUAAUCUACAACUCCCUGGAUGUUUCUCUUUCUCAACGUUUGGUGCUCCCAAGUGAUUACAGAAAGUACUACCCAACCCCUCUCCCUCAGACAGCUGUUCUCCGGAAGCCAGAAGGAAACUUUUGGACUGUCAAAUGGACAAUAAGCCAAGACGAGACGAUUAGCUUCGAAGAUGGUUGGUCUAAGUUCAUCACAGACAACGCUCCCUUGGACAGAGAUUUCCUCUUGUUCUCAUACGAUGGUUCACGAACCUUCUUGGUAAGCAUUUUCCGGGAUGGCUUGCCUGUGAAGCCAAAAGAUCCUGUCAAUAUUCAAGAAAUUUCAGAUGAGGAUGAUGAUGAAAUAGCUGGUGACGACGACGGUGACGAUCAGAAUAUAAUCAUUUCUCUUUCUCUUGGAAGCAGCGACGAAGACGAUGUUGAUACAACGGGUGGUGAAGUUAACAACGCUCAUGGACGUUCAAGGAGAGUUACGUCUUCGCAAAGGAAACGUGCUGAAGCUAUUGGUGAUCCGCAGAUGUAUCUUGAUGAUCCCUCUAACCCUGACUUUAUCGCACUUUCGACGUGUGGGCGUACUGUGUUGGUUUUUCCUAAGCAAGUAAUAAAGGACUAUGACUUAAAGUUUGAUGGCAGAAUCAAGUUCAUCGAUGGAUUUGGUGAAUUAGAGGCAAAGUUUGGAGACCGGAAAGAUCGUUUGGUGGUUCACAAGUGGAAAGAAUUAUAUGAAAGAAAUGAUGCAACGCCUGAAGAUGUAAUCACAUGUGAGAUUCUACGUGAAGGAGAUGUUGUUCGAUCCAUCAAGACUCACUUCUUAAGAAAUGAUGUUUAAAUUUAGGAUUGAUCUUAACCUUAAUUAGUAUUUUCUUUUGGAGGCUCUUGUAUUAUCCUUUUGUUAUUAGGAUCUUGAUGUUUGGUUUUGGAACUUGAUGUUUGGUUUUGGAUUUGCAGUUGUGUUCACUUAAAUCUUGUGUCGCAUGUGUAACAGA